AUGCAAAAAAUAUCAGAUGUACUUUUGGUUUUGAAAAAUAAUUGGAAAAAAUCAACUUUUGCUGUUGCAGUUAUUUCAUAUGGGGCUAAUCAUUUUAAAAAUACAUACGAAAAUAAGCUGUUGAUGCGAGAAUAUUGUCAGUUAGCGUCAAAGUAUGGUGACAUAAGUAAUCCGGCAUCAAAACCUUUCAGGCAUAUAACCGUGGUAUUAAAUCCAGCAGCAAAUAAGAGAAAUUCUAAAGUUUUGUUUGAAAAAUAUUGUGCACCUUUACUUUACUUAGCAGGUUUGGCUGUAACGGUUGUUUAUACAGAAUAUGCAGGACAGGCAAAAGAUAUUGCUGAUAGUUUAGAUCCUAAAACAGAUGCUUUGGUUAUAGCUGGAGGAGAUGGUACCCUGUCCGAAACCAUCACUGGAUUAUUGAGAAGAGUUCAAGACAAUAAAGAAAUUCUUAAAAAAUUACCUUUGGGUGUUUUACCCUUGGGUAGAUCUAACUCUUUAGCAAAUGCUCUCUUAGGUAAUAGAGAAGAAGUAAGAGCUUUAGCCGAUUCAACAAUGGCUAUAAUCGAUGGCUCGUUAACUACUGUCGAUGUUAUGAAAAUAGAACCGAUGAAUGUAAGAAUUAGCAUUAAUUAUGAAGAAAAUUCAAAACCUGUUUAUGGUUUAAUACAAGUUGAAUGGGGUUCAUUUAGAAAUGCUAAAGCUAACAGAGAUAAAUAUUGGUAUUUUGGUACAUUUCGAGAUUAUAUAUCAUACAUAUUUACAAAAGUUGAAAAGGGUGCUUGGGAAUGUUCAUACACAGAACCAUGUAAAGGAUGUAAUAAAUGUGUGCAAAAGAAGCAAGUUACUCAAAGAUGGUGGCAUGUUUUUAUGCCUAGCCUUAGUAAAACAGAUAAAGAUUACAGCAACGUGGUUAACGAAACGUGUGGAAAAGUAAUGCAAAAGGAAUUAUCGACGGUUGAAAUAGCAAUAAAAACGGCUACGGUAUAUAAUAAACCAGUGACGGAUGCACCUCAUCUUGUUUUAACGGUUUUACCUGAUUCCGUGAGAUGGACAAAUUUCGUUACGGAAGGAUGGAAAAGGAUAAGGGGUAAACAAUUAAAUGAUUCGGUUGAUGCUACAGCCGUUAGAGAAUUAAAUUUAGUACCUAAAACUCAAAACGAAAACGAUUGGCUAUCGAUAGAUAAUGAAAAUUUCGAAGUGAAACCAAUGAAAAUAUCAAUAUUACCAAAAGCUGUUAAUAUUUUUCAACCUAGACUAAGCGGAUACAUAUAA